AUGUUCAAUCUUUUUCCAGCGGUUUUCCCAGAGAUCUUUCUCAUUAACGCAACUUUCAUUUCGCCCAUUCAUGGAGUUGUAUUCAGUACCUCUAAGAAGUAUGAUUAUCCGCCGUUAGCAAGUAAUGUGGGUUGGCUUGGAUUACUCAGUGUUCUAAUCACCAUACUGUUGCUCGCAGCUGGCGCACCUCUCCUAACUAUCGCCCAUUUCUUCCGGAAUAAUUUCUUUAGGAAAGACGAUUUUACAUAUUACCGCCAAAUCUUUCUUCCAUUAAGUACGGCUGGUACCAUCCUGAUGUGCUUCGAUUAUUUCGAACAAGAUAGGUUCAAUGCUUCUGAAUUCAUUGUCUCAAUCCCACUCUCUACUAGCAGUAUGCUCUUUAUGAUCUCGGCUUAUGAUCUAAUCGCUAUGUAUUCAGCUAUUGAGCCUCAGAGUCUAUGUUCUUAUGUGAUCGCAGCAUCGAAAAGGAACUCUGAAUUUUCCACGGAAGCCGGCUUGAAAUAUUUGAUUUUAGGCGCAUUUUCUCCUGGAAUAUUAUUGUUUGG